GAUACAUAUAUUAGACACUAAACACACGUUCUAUCAGAAGUGUCAGUGAUAUAUGUUAGACAUCAAACUCAUCUUCUAGAGUGAAGAUAGAUAGAUUAAAAGUCUUGUAAUGAUUGAAGUAGAAGAAACACCAACCUCAAAAACCAAUUCCAAAGGAGAAGUACUUUUCCAUUUUAUAGACUUCACAUAAUUGUCAAUGCAUCCAUGAUUAUUAUAGUCUAGCUUGUGUUUUUAGAAUGGUGAGAAGAUUCUCUUUCUCAUGUCAUAGUUGUACUACAACCCACUAAUACAAAAACCUUACUAUAAAAUAAAAUCUCUUUUCAUUCUCUGCUUCAAAAACUAUUUUUUAUACCUCAUUCUUGUCAUAUUAACUGUUCUUAUUAGCUACCAAAAUUUACAAAUUUUUGUUUUCUUUCAUAAUUUUGAUCUCAAUCUAUAGACAACACAUUUAUUUCUUCAGUUCAGAUUUGGUAUUCCAUCAGUUUCUUGAAAAAGAAACUAACUUUUUCAUUUUUCUUUCUUCAACUGGGUCUUGAGGGAAAAGCUAAAAAAAUCAUUUUUUUUUUCUUGGAAACCCCAUUUGAGUAUUAGAAGAGUAAUGCAUAUUGAACCUACCAAAGCAACAAAAAAUGGCAAAUCUAGUUCCUGGGGUGCUUCUGAAGUUAAUGCAGCAUAUGAACACAGACAUAAAAGUUGGUGGUGAACACAGAUCAUCACUUUUACAGGUUGUGAGUAUUGUUCCAGCAUUAGCAGGUGGUGAUUUGUUUACAAAUCAAGGCUUUUAUGUUAAGGUUUCUGAUUCAUCACAUGCUACUUAUGUUUCACUGCCUGAUGAACAUGAUGAUCUAAUCCUUAGUGACAAGAUUCAAUUGGGACAGUUUGUUUUCGUUGAUCGGUUAGAGGCUGCUUCGCCUGUUCCGAUUCUUCGGGGUGUUAGGCCUGUUCCUGGAAGACAUGCUUGUGUUGGGAGUCCUGAGGAUAUUGUGGCAACUAACUCACUUGGUUUUCUUAGCAAUGGUGGUGAGGUUGAGGUUAAGGUUAAGGUUAAGAAGAAUGGUGUUUGUUCGAAGUCACCGAUGAAAGCUUUGGAGAAUCAUCAGGAGCUAUUGGAUAAGAAAUCAAUGGUUUUUGGUAGAUGUAAAUCUCAGACAACAAAAGAUUCUGUUGUUGAUUUUGUGAAGAAGGAAAAGUUAGCUAGAUUGAAGUCAUUGAAUUCGAGGACUACGGUUCCUUCUUCGCCUACUAGUUGCUAUUCUUUGCCGAGUAGUUUUGAAAAGUUUUCUAAUGGAGUAAAGAAUCAAGUGAAUAUCAAUGGAGUGGAUAGGCUAAUUGGAAAGGUCGGAGUGGUGGAGGCGGGAAAGGGUGUUCGCGGAGUUAGUCCUCUUGGGAAGAGAGUUGCGAUGGGAAACUCGAUUAGAAAUUUGGUUCAAGGAAUUGAGCUUGGUGCUAAGGCGCUGCGGAAAAGCUGGGAAGGGAACAUGGAAGUUAAGAGUAAAGAGACAUCGAAAUCAAGGGCUUCUUCUAAGUUUGAUUCUAAGCCUGAUUUUCGUAGCACAACUCCUAGGAAAAGUACAUCAAGUGAGAAGUUUUCUUCUAAAGAUUACGAGAGUAAGACGCAAACACCAACCAAGUCCUCUAAGGAAGAGAACAAAAUUCAAAAAUCUAUAAAGAAAGUUAUUGGUGAUGGAACUAAGGAAGAACAGGAAAAGUCAAGUAAACCAAGGAACUCUUUUGGAAAGAAAUCAUCCGAAGCCGGAUUUCCUGGAAACUUGGUCAAGGUUUCGAUAAACAGUAAAAAAGUGACUGAUGCAAGUGUUCAAUGGACUUCACUCCCUUCAUCUAUUGCAAAGCUUGGGAGGGAAGUAAUGAAGCACAGAGAUACAGCACUGAUGGCAGCAACAGAAGCUAUGCAAGAAGCCGCUGCAGCUGAGAGUUUGCUGCAAUGUCUUAGUGUAUAUGCAGAGUUAAGUAAUUCGGCCAAGGAAAUUAACCCGCAGCUUACAAUCGAUCAGUUUUUAACGCUUCACACUAGCCUGAAUAGCGCACGGACGAUUGCUGAUUCCCUUUCUAAAACGAUUCCAGAAGGUUCAUCUUCAUCUUCAGAUAACGAAAUAAUCACGACGGAAGAAGAAUUAAAACUCAAAUCAGAUAGACAAAAUCUUGCAGCUUCUUGGGUCCAAACUGCCUUAUCCACCAAUCUAUCAUCCUUUACUGUUUAUAACCGAGAGCCUCGAUCAUCUAAGAUUCAAGCUUCGAGUACAAGUAAUCCUCAAAAUCAAAAGAGUGUUCUCGGAAGUAAACCGGUUUUAGUCCUAGAAAACUCAAGAGAAGACGCAUCAUCAAAAACUCAAGGAAAAAACCGUCCGACAGUAGCUAAUUCCAAACAAGCCUUACCAGGAACGCCGCGCAAACAAAGUGACGGAUUAGCAAACGGGAAAAAGCAAAUAGUCCAACCUCUUCCAGAUUGGAUCAGAGGAAAUGGACUCGACGAGGCAGUUAACUUAGCCGACACGCUGCAACUGCGGUCGCGAGAUUGGUUUUUGCUGUUUGUUGAAAAAUUCUUGGACAGUGAUGGAGACAUUGGUUUGUCAAACAAUGGUCAAAUAGCAGGCAUGCUAACUCAACUAAAAAGCGUAAACGAUUGGUUGGACGAGAUAGGAUCAAGCAAAAACGAGGGAGAAUCGUGCCAGAUACCGGUAGAGACAAUUGAUAGACUGAGAAAGAAGAUAUAUGAAUAUCUUCUUACACAUGUUGAAUCUGCUGCUGCUGCACUUACUUGUGAUCCACAAUCACAAUCAUCAGAGAUUAAAGGGAAAAAGUGAUACAUGAAAUAUGAGUGAGUGCUAAUUAUUUAUAUAGGAAAGUAGCAAAUGUCAAUGUGAGGAUUUUGUUUUCUUUUCCUUUUACAAAGCUAUUGUUUUAUUUCAUGAUAUUUGUAUAGUUUUUUAUUUUAUUUAAUAAUAUAUGAUAUUUAUACAAAAUUAAACAACUGUAUAAUAUAUGAACAUUAAAUUAAAUUACUAUUUAUUUCAUAGAGAUCAACAGAAAAAGAAGUUUUCA